GGCUCCGCCUCCUGUUGGCCUAGAGUCUUGUAGAUUGGCCGGCGCGAAGCGCGCACGGUCUCUUACGGGAAGGUACGGCUGCGCAAGCGCUCCGGGCUUCCGUCCUCGCACGAGGUGUAUCCCGGGGCUAGCACCGCUGGCGGCUUGCUGCAGACAUGCUGCGUCGAGAGGCCCGCCUGCGGCGCGAGUACUUGUACCGCAAGGCCCAGGAGCAGAAGCAGCACCUUCUGGAGGACAAGAAGCAGAGGCUCAAGAGGGCCCUCGAAGAGAACCAGCCCAUACCGACGGAGCUCCGAAGGGAAGCUCUGACCCUUCAACGGGCUUUGGAGUUCGAUGACGCUGGAGGCGAAGGUGUCUUGAGCCACCAGGAUGAUGAAUACCGAUGGGCAGGUGUAGAAGAUCCCAGAAUCAUGAUUACCACAUCUCGAGACCCUAGCUCUCGCCUCAAGAUGUUUGCCAAGGAACUGAAGUUGAUAUUCCCUGGAGCUCAGAAGAUGAACCGGGGGCGACAUGAGAUGGGUGCUCUGGUCCAGGCUUGUAAAGCCAAUGGGGUCACAGAUCUGCUGAUGGUGCACGAGCACCGAGGAACUCCAGUUGGCCUCAUCGUGAGCCACCUACCCUUUGGGCCUACUGCAUAUUUCACACUGUGUAACGUGGUGAUGAGGCAUGAUGUUCCUGAUCUGGGCACGGCCUCAGAGGCCUUUCCCCACCUCAUCUUUCAUGGUUUCUCCUCCCGCCUUGGACAGAGAGUCUCAAAUAUCCUCCGAUACCUCUUUCCUGUACCCAAGGACGAUAGUCACCGAGUCAUCACCUUUGCCAACAAGGAUGACUAUAUUUCUUUUAGGCAUCAUGUGUACCGGAAGUCAGAUCAUAGGACAGUGGAGCUGACAGAAGUGGGGCCGAGAUUUGAGAUGAAAUUGUACAUGAUCCGCCUGGGCACAUUGGAGCAUGAAGCCACAGCAGAUGUAGAAUGGCGUUGGCACCCGUAUACCCAUACAGCCCGCAAGAGGACCUUUCUUAGUGUCUAGCAAGCCUCUCAGGAAAGGAAUUUAUGAAGCUGGCACCUGAGUACGCGCUGGACCAUAGGCCAACACAAGACCAGCCAUGGCUGAGGAGAGGCCAACUCUGUUAUACCAUUAAAAUUAACCCGUCUCUUUCCCUUCUCUGUAUUUCUGCCUCUCAACUGAUUGCUCAGGGAACUCUGGGGAUGAACAUUACAGUUGGCAGGUGUCAGAGGCUCUUGGAUUUAUUACAAUGGACACUGGCACAAUCUGUCUGAGAUAGAGGCAAGGGAACCAUUCUCUGAAUGGAAAACAGAAGCUAGAGGAAAUAGGCACUUUUAGUCAGGAAAAGAAGCUCAAACAACCAUUCUAUUGACCAUACCACAGUUCAAAAACCUGUUCAGAAGCUCAGGAAUGGAUGGAAACUAGGGAGUUGGCCUCUACAGGAACACAGGUUGUGGUGCCACUCUUUGGUUUGAGGACAUGAAUCAAGAAGUGUCUUCUGGGUCAGGAAUAGAUGGGAGGGGAGGGGGGCUGUCAGUGCUCUAAGUUCAGAAGAUUUGCCAGGUUUUCUGGGGCAGUGACAAAGGCCUCAAGACAAUUUAGGAGAGUGAUGAUGGAAUCUGCUAUAAGGGGAGAGAGAGCAAGUGAGGUAUGGUUUGGUUUGGCCUUGUAGGACAACCUAUAUACAUAGGUAAAUCCCCUAAAUCCCCACUGAACCCCUUGGCACCUUGACUCUAACAGAGGGUCGUUCUAUUUCCCAAGGCAGCUUACUCUACUUAGAGACAUCUUGCCCUUUAGGCUUUCCUACCAUUAAAUCUAAAAUUUAAAAUAAAUAAAUAAAAGUUUUCGCUCUUUGAUGCUCCCAAA